UCUCCCGCAGGCCGAUCUUGCGAUCUAUUCCCUGCAACUCCCCGUCUGGACGCACACAACAUAGACAAGCCCGCCGCUUGGCCACCCCCCCGGAGCUCGGCUUUCGUUUCCACUGGCACCUCUCAUCUCGGCCGAGUCGCUACCUGAUCGCCAACGCGAAUCGCAACCCAGCCAUUUGCUCCAGUCAUUGUCGCCAGCGACACCACAUCUUUCCGUCCAGACUUGAUCAUUGCCGUCGUCACACUCGGCGCCAUGGCCUCUGCCUCUCACAUCCGUGAUUUCGAUUCCAAGCGCUCCUCAUUCGCCUCGUCCGCGCGGUUCUCUGGCACAACCAAUCCCACCCAUGUCGACCUGGAUGUGCUCGGGCUCUUUGGCUCGGCUGCACCGGCUCCGACCGGCUCCAACCCCAGACUCAGUACUCCCCCGCGUCCUCAGUUCAACGACAUGAUCUUUGGCGGCGGCAUCGAGUCAUUCUCGCCGAUGCCAACAUUAGCCUCUCCGUCAGUGCCUGUGACCCAGAGCAGUAGCUCCUUUGUCUCCGGCAGGCGUGCAACAACCCAGUCUCCGGUAAUCUCGCCUCUGUUCAAGUCCUCGGUCGUCGACUAUGCCGAUAGCGUGGUCGUACACAACUCCAACCCCGAGCCAAAGAAGCCUUCCAAGCCCUCCACCGUAUCAGCCUUUGGCCUGUCGCCGGUCCAGACGCUCGCCACCGGACCUGCUCCGGCGUCCGUCGCGGCCGCUUCCACCACCACGGCCGCGGCGGCCAACAACCCCUCAGCGUAUCGCCUGACUUCGCUGACUUAUCAGGCACCCAUCCACUCGCAGCCGGUAAAUGUGCUGAACCAUCAGCAAAGUAACGCUUUCCAGCCUGCCGCCUUCAGUCCGGAGCUCGAUCAAACCACCUCAAAGUCGCCGCAGUUUGUGCCUUCCUUCCUGACAAGCAAUGUCGUUGGCCCCAGCCAUCCGCGAAGGAAGACCAGCGAGCACGGCUCGCCUCGUCUGUUCGCAGAAACCAUCUACCACACUCAACAGCGCUCACGCUCGCCCUCCACGGGGCCAUCGAGCUUUGGCGUCGACGACACGUCGGAAACAUACGACUAUGCCACAAGUCCAUCGUCGGCCCGUAGCCCCAACUUUGUGGACGAUGCCCCGCCUGCGCUGUCGCUCUACAGCACAACCGAGCGCUUCUCGUCCAUAAACAAGCCGCCUGUGCGGGAGCCGUUCGUUGCCGAUCUUCACACAAGUGCUGCGCUUGCUCCCGAAGUCGAUCAGCUCCCGCCGCGAUCAACGUUCCCCCGCCCUUCGAUGCUGCCCAAUCGUGGGUCAGCUGGCCUUUUCGGCCGACCCUCCGACACUGCCGCAGCCGGCUCCGCUUUUACGUUUACGGGCGGCGUCGGCUCUGGAGGCAGCGGCUCGUUUUCGGCCAAGAUCUACGGCUUCGACCCUAGCCAGUACGAAGCCGUCCUUGACUACAUCGACCGAAGCUGUGGUUACGUCGUCUCGCACCGCGUCCAUACCAAACGAGGCUUGAUCGUCACCUUCGACAGCCUCGAAUCCUUGAACAAGGUCCUCGGACUGGAUGGGAGCGACAUUCCCGAGCUCGACAUUAUCUUGGGUGCCCGGCGACAUGAAGAGGACGACCGACCGAUCCAGCCUCCGUCCAACCCGAUCGACAUUCCCACCGGCCUCGCAAACGGCCGGUCUCACGGCGCACAGGGUCCCCACACCAGCAACACCGUGUCUGCCCAGCCCCGUCUACUGGCCGACGAAUUCGCCUUCCCCAGCGACACAACCCUGCCCAGUGUGCCCCAGAGUGUCAAGCCCUGGGAAAAGGCCGGGUUCACGAAACGCAAGCAUUACGAUGAGCGCGAGGACUUGAGCCGAACCCGAAAGACCCAGGUCAAGAAAGUCAUGAGCGAACCAAUGAGCGCACACUACGAUUCCAAACCUUCGAACGAGCCCGGCUACACAAACGACGAGUCGGGUGGCAUCAAGCCGCCGGGGCUCCUUUCGCGCAUCGCCGACUACGCCUUUAGCUGGCUGUGAUCGAUGUCGUGGCCGUGUGUCCCCAGGAUGCAACGAGGAACCCAAUACGACGACACUGCGCCCGCUUUUGAUUUCCACGGAAGCUCACACGACUGCUCCGAAGCACCAACGACCGUCGCCCGGAGAGGAAGCCGCUGGUGGCAAUCGAGAGCGACGAGCGGCUUUCCCUGUGCAAGAGUUGGCCUGACGGGCCUGUUCUGUCGCAUCUAUUAUCUCUCCUGGAACGCCGAUGCGAUGGUGCCCAGGCGUUACUCGAAUAAAGUUCUUCCGAGAAAAGUACGGGCCUCUGAA